AUGGCUGAUCUGAGUUCAGUGUGUGGGGACCCGGAGGCUUCAUAUGUACUGUGUGAGGAUGCUCCCGAAGACAAAGAUUUCAACAGCUGGCCCCUGAGAUGGCCAGCAUGCGAAAAGGCAUUCUCUACUGUGGAGGGAGCAAUAGAAGAGGAUGAUUUGAAAUGCAGAGAAGCAUGCAAUGAAAAAAGUUCUGGAGAGUGUGCUAGCAUUCGCAACAUUUGGUUGUGUGUAGCUUCGUCCGUUCAGGGUUGUUACAUUCCGAACACCAGCUCAGUUACAUGCCACAUUGAGAAACCUGGCUCUGCAGACGCCUUUAACGGCACUUGCUCGUGCUCGAGUUCCUCGUUAGGUACUUGCACAUACUUGGAGGCGGAGGCAACUGCAUAUGCAUGGAGAGCUACACUAGGACAGUUUUUAACAGGGAACGACGGAGUUAUCAUUGCGAAAAACAGCCGCGCUUUGUGGCCAGCGGGGAAACCAACCUGGCGCUACGAGGCAGGGUAUAAGCAUGGAAGGUGCGAGGAAAACACGUGGAUCAAAGGGGUCUUCUGCCUCGGCCCAGAUGCGGAACUGAUAUCCAAGAGAGGCUUGAGGGCACCCGACUGCACCACCUCAGUGCCGAUGGAUGAGAGCAAAGUAAGCGCUUCGCAAUGCUCGUAUCUUUGUGGGAGCCUUGAGUGGAGAUGCCGGUACACCCAGGUGGAAAGCCCAACUUUGUACAAGGACCUCAUGGACUGCUUUGACAAGCUAAGGAUUGGUACUUUUCUGGAGUUCUGCAGUGUCGAAACGACUGCCCAGACACCAACCCUUGGAGCCGCGAACAUGGCGGUCUCGUGGGUGGUAGCCAGCGGCACGGAGACGGAGGUUCGUUAUGCCCGGCCACUCUACCCCACACCGGUUGUCUUCAUAGGGGCGCCUACACACAUCCCAGUUCGGCCUACGAUCGCCUCCACUGAUCUCAAGCUUGUGGCCAGCUACUUAGCCAUACCUCCAGGGCAUUACAUAACAAAGCAUAGUUUCAUUCAAUUUGUUGUUGGAACCACCGAGAUAACGGCUACCGGAGAAUUCUCGCUGCGCUUCCCAUUCAAAAUGGCUGAUCCUUCACAGAUGUUUGACUCAGCGGAUGUAGAUAUGGAUGACAUAAAAUAUCCAGUGAAUUUUCCUUCGUUUUUUCCACCCCACUUUUUCCCACAAAUUGUUGCAGAGGGGGGCAGAGACCAAAUGCUUUCUGUACAGUGGAAGCAGAAUAGAGAGACCGGCGGUUGGAUCCCUUCAGUUUGGAACUCUGCAUGCUCUCUGACGGACGAUAUGUUGUCUAAGGGCAGCUCAUUGACGACUGAGGAGUGUAUGGAACUGUGCACUGGAGUAUACCUCCUGUAUUGUUCAACGGCAGCGCAUCCUGCGUUUUGCCUUGAAUGGCGUCUGCCUAAGAACUUUGCCAAAGAGUGCAGUUCUCCGACUGAAAACGUGGUAUCUGAGGAUAACACCGAGGAUACAGAAACCGAAGAAGGUGAAGAUGCAGAAGAAGAAGAGAACUUGCCGCCCGUCAAGUGUCGCGUUUUCGACAUGCGCUACUACCCAUCCGAUAUGACCUGGGAUUCUAUUGCUUUCUCUUGCGGGUGCCCUGGUUUUGCUGUCCCAUGUACAAAAUAUGAUGUAACCCAGGAUGUUUCGUGGUACGAGCAUUUGCAUGCUGAAGGAGGGAUUUGUCAACGCGCGAAGGAACCUGUAAGGCCGGUUACAAAGAUGUAUUAUCAGCUAAACGUGGAUGCAUGCGCCGCCAGCAAGUUGCCCGCUCUGGGCUUGACCUGGACUCGAAGGAUAUAUCCAUCUUAUCCAGACCUUCCGGGAGCCGGUUCGGGGCCUCUCUCAUACAGUGGCACGUACCUCUGCCAGCACACCACUCCAUACGUUCUCUGUCCAGCGGACGCCGCCGACCGGCCAGGCGAUGGGGGAGCAGCGUCGCAAGUCAUUAGACACAUACCGGAAUCUUGCUUUCCCGGGGAAUGGGGAGAAUGGUCUAUUUGCGAUGCAACAUGCAGGGGGACCUAUAACUACCCUCAGCGGCACAGAAAGCGGGUCCCCAUAGCUGCUGAAGCUGUUGAUAGUGACCCUGAUUGCAUUUUAGAGGAAAACGAGCCAUGCGGAAAUUCCGUGCCACCGUGCGUCGGCUACUGCUGGACAGCUGAGUGGACGGAGUGGAGUGGUUGCAUAGCGGUGUUAUCUGGAGAGGAUAUUUUGUUCGCGCGGAGGAGAUAUAAGCCAAUUUAUUCCGGAUCUGAAUACUGUGAUGAGGACGCCAUUCAAGAGUUUCAAACAUGCUUAAGAGGUCAAGGAAAUAUGGAUGGGGAAACAUCAAGUGAGGAAGAGGACUCGGAAAGCGGUGGAUUCGCUGAAAUGGCGGCGUCUGCAUCUGGCACUGCAGAAACGUCAGAGUGGUCCGGAUGUGAUGCUCCGUGCUUACCACCAGAGGGCAAUUCGGUCCAUAGACGAAGGGUGCAAAAGAACAGCAGUACUGGAAAAGUUUCAGCCCUCACUGGCUCUGACGCCUCAAAGGUGUGCACAGAAGCAGAUGGUCUGGAGGAGUGCAAAGACAUGUUUAUUGGCUUUGACUGCUCCGACGUUGUGCCGACCUACCGCGACGCAGCUUCAUUACAGAAUUGCGUUGAUAAGUGUAGAAACGCAGAGGCGAAAUGCAAGACCCAGUCUGCACAAGAUGUUCUGAAGACGCCCUUCAAGCGCUGUCUCGUGAGCGCACUCUCAGAUUCUGGUUUCUUCCUCACCUGCAGAAUAACAUUCACAAAGAUUGUCGACCCAGAAGCGAGACUGCGUUUCAUCACCGGCGGCUCUGCAGAGGAAACCUCUGCAGACUCUGCAGAAGAAGGAGAGUCAGCUGGUUCUCCUAGUUGCGCAUGCUUGGAUCACGGGAUGGAGCCAUGCACAGCAGAAGAUAUAAUGGAAGACUGGAAAGGCAUAAGAGAUCACUUUCUAGCGUCUAACGGAUUAUGUUCUUUAGAAGAUGCAGUAAAGCCUAUCUGGUCAUCUACUACGGAUACGAGCAGCAGAAUUCCUGAUUCAAGUGUAUACGUUGCAUAUGCGGGAUUGGGGCGCUUUCAUUGCCCACUACCGGGAUACAGCGGAACCCAUGCAGCUGAAAAAAUCUUCACUUUCACUAAAUUUGAAAGUGCUGAGGCUUUAAACGAUUUCUGUCAAAACGGACUGGCAUACUGGAAGGAUCUAGAUAAUCCUUUAGUAUCAGCUGCUGGGAAGGGAGUCAUUCUAUGCAAAGGAGCAGCUGCUGGGAAGGGAGUCAUUCUAUGCAAAGAAAAAAGACCCAAGUGUGAGUUCGGCGAGUGGAGCGAGUGGUCGGCGUGUACAGCCAGCUGUAUUGGGAAUAUUGCUGACCGAGGCACUUCUCUGCGAAUACGGACUCGUGACAUGCUUGAGGAGGGGAGGGUGUCUGCAACGUGCAGUGAAUAUUCUUUUUUUGGCACGGUGGAAACGGGGCUUUGCCCGGAUAUUCCUCUCUGCAAUCCGAAUGAAAGAGAUCCAUUGGAGGUUAUUUUGUUUACAACAAAAGCACCACCUAUAAUAGAGCCUGUAGGGGAGUUUACUACUUCAUCAACUCGGCCCCCUGAAGACCACGAUACUCUGCCUCCUCUGCAUACACCUGAGCCUUGUUCUAUUCAAUCCAUAGAAUCAUACCGCAACUCUACAGCUUUUGAUGCAUCUUAUAGUAUAGAUCUGCAGAAGCUUGUUGGCCUUAGAGGCAGAUACGCAGCAGCAGCACUUGAGCUGCAGCAGCUCAGAGAGCAGCAGCAACAAACAGAAACAGAACAACAACCCCUCCUCACACCAAUGGUCUCCAGGCAACGGACCACUGGUCCAUACAAUGCAGCAGAUGCAGAUGCAGCAGAAGAUGCAGCAGAUACAGCAGAAGCAGCAGAUACAGCAGCAGCAGCAGCAGAUGCAGAUGCAGCAGCAGCAGCAGAUGCAGCAGCAGCAGCAGCAGAUGCAGCAGCAGCAGCAGAUGCAGCAGGUGCAGCAGCAGAUCCAGCAGCAGCAGCAGCAGCAGCAGAUCCAGCAGCAGCAGCAGCAGAUGCAGCAGAUGCAGCGGCAGAUACAUCAGACGCAGCAGCAGCAGGAGAUCAAGCAGCAGCAGCAGCAGAAGAUGCAGCAGCAGCAGCAGAAGAUGCAGCAGCAGCAGCACCUGCACAGAAAGAAGAAUAA